GAGAUGGACAAUAAAAGGCCAUGGUGAAUACUAAGCGCCACUGCCAACCUCAUGAAACAAACAAACAAUAGUGGUUUCCAUCUAUCUUCUUGUCAGAACAUGCACUUAAAUAAAUAAUACUACCUUCGCUAUUUUUUAGUUUCAAUAAAAGAAUUUUUUAUAUCUUACAAAAGAAAUUUCUUUAUUGCAAUUAAAAAGUAACGGAGGUAGUAAAUACUUCCUUAUAUUGAAGUGAAUGUCCGUUCGCAAGUCACUCGCCAUGAUUUGGAGCAAUUGGCGACCCAAAUAAACGAAAACCUUGAGCAAAGUAUGAGAGCUCUUGUCAUCAACUAGCCAACUACGUGUCAAAAAAAAAAAAAAAGAAAACAAUAAACGCACCACAGCAAGGUCCCCAACAGGAACUGUCUCGGCCCAAACAAUAUGGCCUAGGUCCAUUCUUGUCGGCCCAAAUACAAACUACCAUUUGAUAGCUACAUUAAGCUUGGGCUCAUUCCAAAAUAGGCCACCAACCUUUAAUUACCACCUUAAAUCCUUAAUUAUUGAAUCUUUCAAACUCAUCAAAUAAUCAUGUCAUACUCCUUCCCAAUAAAAAAAAAAAAAAAAGAACACCAAACAUCCCACCACGUCCUUCUACCAAAUAAACCAAUAACGAACAUAAACAUGCAACGCACUAACAACAUUGGCUAUUUGGCUCCCUCAAAAAUACAUUUCAUUACACUUUCUCCUUCAUCAUUUAAACAUAACCCCAUUUCUUCCUUAUUUUCCUAAACUAAUCUUAAUUAGCGUUCUUCAUCUUUUGCCAUCCCUAAACUUUUUUUUUUUUUUUUUUUAAUCAUGAACAUAAAAAAGCUAAAGGUACCCAAAAAAAUGAGGGUAACGAGUAUGUCCUCAAACAAAUUUAGGGGUAUGAAGGUGAGUAGAAGCAUCAAAAGCAUCAAAAAACUUGAUAUUAAGAAGAGGUUCCCUAGUCUUAGGAAACGAAAAUCUGUUGGUGGCACAGGUGGUGCAGGCGCUGUUGGAGGGGCUAGUGGUGGUGCCAAUAGGGUGGGAAUUCGUCGUAGUAGUAGUAAGUGGAUUUCCUCAGUAAGGAAGAAGAUAUUAAGGCCUAAAUUCCCUGGUCACAAAGGAAGAAACAAGAAUAUCAUUAUCAUUCAUAAUAACACAAGUAUUACUGGGAAUGAAGAUGAUAAUAGGACUAGUUGUGCUACAGUCAUUAAGGAGAUUAGCUCCGUGAAAGAGGAGGAUGUCACCUCCAUUGACUCGGCUGCUCCACCUCCUCACGAUCAAGCGAGUAAGGAGGAGGAGACGACGACGACAGAGGAGCAGGAAGAGGAGGAGACGACGACAACAGAGGAGCAGGAAGAGGAGGAGAGUAGAGAUGGUUCAGAGAUCAUGAAGUUAAGGGAAGAGAUGGCUGCUGUCCACAUUCAAUCUCUUUUCAGGGGUCAUUUGGCAAGGAGGGCAAUUAGAGCAUUGAAAAGCCUUGUCAAGCUACAAGCUGUGGUUCGUGGGGUCUGUGUGAGAAGGCAGGCUCGUAUUGCACUGCAUUGUAUGAACACUAUGGUCCGUCUACAGGAUCGUAUUCGAGCCAGGCAGCUCCUUAGUAGACCCAGUGAUGCAGUUGAAGCUUAAUAAUCUAUUCAACUGUUCUACUAUCGACUAAUUUAUGUUUCAGUUAAAUGCAGAACCAAUAUAUUCGAAUUUCAAUGUACAAUGUUCUUUUACCCAUCUAAAUUAGUG